UUUUUUGGGCACACUUCAAAGGAAUCGUGGCGUAGCGUGGCCUGUGGUGUUUACACAAUCGGCCAUUGUUUAGUUCGUCACCGGCCGCUGACCGGGAUAGUACACUUUUGUGUUGCGUGCUAUUGGCGUGGCGUGCGAUCGUCCAAAAUGUCAACAGCGUGGAGCAAUGAAGAAACUUUCAAGUUUAUUGAUUUAUAUCAAUCUGAGCCCGCAAUUUGGGACUCAAAUAAUGCACUGCACAAGGAGAAAAACAAGGUGAAUGAUGCAUGGAAUCGCAUUGCAGACUCCCUGCAAAUUCCUGUUUCGGAACUUAAAAAAAAGAAAGAGACAUUGAUGUCCGCAUUUCGGAUGCAUUUCAAGAAAAAACAAGAUUCGAUCCGAUCUGGUAUGGGAGAAGAUGAAAUUUACAAGCCAAUUUGGAUUUUUUAUGAUGCCAUGGAGGCAUUUUUAAAAGGCAAAUACACUGCUAUAAGUGUAAUUUCAACAGAUGAGCAAAGGGCAGUCAUUGGAGAACAGACAGAAGAAGAAACGGAAAAUCCAAGUGAUGCUAGAAAUAACACAGAACCAAAGGACAUGAAUAUAAAGAUACCUGUACAGAGGAGACGUUCAGUUAAGCCACCUGAGUUAGAAAAAGCAGAUAAGAAAAUGUCAAAGGCUUUUAAUACGUUAAACCAGGCUAUUCUCAAUAAAGACCAACAAAAUAAAAAAGAGGACGACUGCGACUUGUAUGGGAGGCUUCUUGCUAGCAAACUCAGAAAAUAUUCAGACAAUGAGAGACAAGAAAUAAUGUACGAAAUUGAUGGAUUACUAUUAAAACGCCGUCGCAAUUGUAGUCCUCAGUACGUGUCUUCACCUUCUCAAAUCAUUAUAAGUAAACGUCCGUCUUCUUCAGCCACCAGCUAUUCUUGUCCAUCACCGUCGUCAUCUUGGAUCAAUCGCCCCUCAUCGUCUUCAAAUCAUUAUAUUACUUCUCCUAUACAAAGCCCAUCACCUAUUCCACCUGCGCAAACUCCAUCCCCUUUUCCACUUACUGAACUCCCUAAUGCCUCAUACACACAAGAAGUAGUUUAUCAAUCCCCCAACAUAAUCCAUACACCUGUCCCUACGAUCCAUAUACCUGAGGGAUCCAUGCAAACAAUUUGUAACGAAUUGUAUUCUCAGACACAGAGUCAGUCUCAAAACAUUUUGGCUGAUGCUUAUGCAAAAGCUUUGAAUGACGAUUGUUAAAAUAACCAAUUAAAAAAAUGUAAUAGGGCAAUAAUUAUUGAUUAAAAAAUUUAAAGUAUAUACAAAUGUUUUACUAACUCACCUU